GGAUAAUUUGAUUAAAAGGCACGUGUUUUUUUAUUUUUUACUAUUUAUUCUUUAAUUAACUUAUUCUUUAUUUUCAUCUAAAUAGAAAAUACUCAGAAAUAAAACUUAUAAAUUUAAAUUUUAAACUUUCGUUUAUCAAAAAUGUCAGCUCCAGCGAAAAAACGUUCAAUAGAACCUCGAAAAUCGAUUGGCAAUGCUUCAGAAGAUGAUAAUAUCGAUCAAAUGAUGAUUGAUGUUGAGUUUGAAGGGCGUAAUCCAGAGAGUUCAGAUUUUCAUGGUGUCAAACAAUUAUUACAACAAUUAUUUUUAAAAGCUCAAUUAAAUGUAUCAGACAUGGCUUCAGUUUUAGUCAAUCAACAAAGUAUUGGUAGUGUUAUCAAGCAAGUAUUUGAUGAUGAAGAUGAUGAUGAUGAUGUUGAUGUUAAUCAAGUUUUUGGUAUAACGACAAUUCUUAACAUAACUGAGCAGAAAAGUGAAUGUAUAGAACAAUUACAAAAAUUGAUGUUAAAUUUGAGUAAACAACAUGGUGAACCUAAAGUUGUUGAGUUUAUAAAUGAUUAUUUAGUUGUUAAAAAAAAACCAUUAGCGUUAUUAGUCAAUGAAAGAUAUGUUAAUAUACCACCAGCAAUAUCUGUACCUUUAUUGCAGUCAGUCAGUAAAGAAUUAACAAAUAUAAAAAACAAGAAUACAAUCAAUGAUUUUUCUUAUUUCAUAAUGAUUUGUAAACUGUACAAAAUGAAAGAACAUAAGAAUAAAAAAUCUGAUCAAGUCAUAUGGUCUAAUGCCGAAGAAGAAAUAUUUGAUGAAGAAUCUGAUUAUACGUUUGAAUUCUGUGUCAAAGAUGAAAAGGAUUCUGGUUUGGCCGGUAGUUGGGAAGAAGGUGACUGUGAAAUGAUCCCAUAUAGACGAGUACUGUUCUUUAAAUCAGACAAACUUGAUUCCAUAAUUAAAAAAAUUCAGAAUAUGUUAAGUUGAUUAUUAAAGAUUUAUAUAAUUAUUGUAUUUAUAUUAUUCUAUAAACAAUAAUGUGGAUAAUGCAAAUAGUUAAUGUUUUAAUAAAGUAAACAUAAUUUUAGGAAGAAUAAUUAAAUCAUUAUAAAUGAAUAAAAUAAUAUUAUUGUUUUUAUUUAACUAUAUAAUAAAAAUUGA